AGUCACCAAGAUCGGAAGCAAGGUCCGCGGACCAGGCACAGCUACACGUGAGACGACGAUCAAGGGAAAAAGCGCUCUCAACGCAGCUGCCCGAAGCGGUGCCAUCAUCGGCACUGAGAAGAAGUUCGCCGCAGCAAACGUAAGUGUCCCACUCUUCUUCCGAGCACAAUGAUCCAUUGCGGGGUCCUGUCAGUCAGAGAACAAUAUUGGCGUCGCGUCUACAUCUCCAGGUCUUCCACGGUCGGAUCCAUAAAAGCACUUGCUAAUUCCUCAUGUGCAUCUUUCCAGACCAGCAGCAACCCCGAAGGCCAGCGUCUCACCAAAGUCGACCGGGCAGACGGCCCCGUUGCGACAAAGAAGGUCCCCGAAGAGGUUUCCAAGGCCUUGACCCAGGCCCGGAAUAACAUGAAGAACCAGAAGGGUGCGACCAUGACACAGAAGGACUUGGCAUCAAAAGCCAACGUCGACGUGGCUUACGUCGCCGCGCUAGAGCGCACCGGUGCGGAUUUUCCGCCCAUGGACGCGCUGCUCAAGCUGCAGAAGGCUGCAAAUGUCCGAUUGACGGGAACAAACAUUGGCGAGCCUAUGCUUGGCCCAAAGAAGAAGUAGAAUGCUAGUGGAAGAGGCGGAGAGGUGGACACUGCCUCUUUGGAGAUACACGAAAAUGUUCUUUUCUUGAAAUUAGCAAUCAGCGGGAAAGACAGCGAUGACAUGAGAAGACUCUGGGAGUUCUAGGCCGCUGUAUCUUGCGAAUCACAUUAACGAAGAAAUGGAAAAUUAUGUUAGAUGGACUAGUACAUCCACCUGGGCACGUCAUGGAUUUUGCUUAUUAGUCUUCGCAGAUCCGAUCGUGGUGCAAGCUAGUCUUCGUAGAUCCGAUCGUGGUGCAAGUAAACUCGGCGAUUGGCAUCACUACAGUGGCAUGGACAAUUUGCAAACUCCGUCUCCAUGCUGUAUAUCGAAUCACACAAUGCAACGUCUUGUUGGGUAUAUAGUAACGAAUGAACACCCUCCUGCGAUGUUCGUCCAUGCUCUCCCCAUGGCAGGAGUUCCAAACAUG